AUGCCCCCCUUCGGCACCACGACUAUCACAAAGACACCCGAAGCACUCCUCGGCCGCAACGACAGUAAGAACCCCGGCACGACAUGUAAAGGCUUGACCUCUUCGGGCCGGCAGUGUAGACGUGCACUUGCUGCCUCGCCUAAAGCUUCCCUCUUAUCACAUCGGAGAAAGGACUCAGCUUUGGGGGGUGUAGUGGCGAUUGUACAUGAUAAAGAUGGAGGGGUGGAGGAAGCGGGGUUCUAUUGUUGGCAGCAUAAGGGUCAGGCGGAGGAGGAGGAGGGGGUAGGAGGAGGUGGUGGGAAUAGUGGAAAUGCUGGGAAGGAUGGGAGGGAUGAGCGGGGAGGGAGGGGAGGGAGGAAGGUGGUGGAGUUGAGGGAGAGGAGUAGUAUUGAUACUAUGGUUCAGAGAUUGGGGCUUGAUGCUGCUUCUAUUUCGGAGGCCGGUGUUGGAAGGAGAAAGGAGAGGAAGAAGACGAGGACUCCACGGCCACCUAGGGCUACGGAUGCAAGGGACUAUGCUGCGAGGCCAGAUAGGGAGAAGGUGGAUGGGAGGACUGGGGUUGAGGGGAAGCCUGCGAUUACUCGGAGGAAGGAGAAGAAGGUCGGGUUUUGGGCUUCGCUUUGUUGUAUGGGUGGUAGUCGUGGUCGUGGAGCUGGAACCGAGGAGGAUUAUGUGGAAGUGGUGAGGCAUAAGAAGAGGGUGGAUGGUUCUCGGCCUUCGAACUUGGCUUCGGCGGCGCCAAUCCCAACUUCUCACCGACCAUCCAGCACUUUCGUACCACCUCGCAAACCAAUCCAAUCGCCCCUUACACGACCAUCACCACCAGCCACGCCCGGAAGAUCAAGCAAUGCCCAGACCACCAACCUCCUCGCCCUCAUCCCCGCAACGCUCUCCCCGCAAACAACCUCCGCCCUCCUAGCCGAACUCAUCAAACCCAUUCCCCCCCACGACGAAGAAGGGUACAUCUACAUCUUCUGGCUCACGCCCGAAACCAAGGCCGCUCCCGGAGCGGAAACAGCUCGCUCCCUCCUCUCAUCCUCACCCUUACCACCUCAAACACACAUUGACAGCAGAGGUAGCAGUAUAGGUAGAGGUAGACGCAUAAGCGACGUCCUAACCGAAUACUCCUUCGACGGCUCCUCCGAGGCUGAAACGAAGGGGAAGGGCGACGGGAAGAAGACGAUUAUGCUGAAGAUUGGAAGGGCGAAUAAUGUUACUAGACGUAUGAAUGAGUGGCAGAGGCAAUGUGGGUACGCGUUGAAUCUGGUGCGGUGGUAUCCUUAUGUUUCUUCUUCUGCGGCAUCAGCUGGUGUUUCGGCUUCGCCGCCGCGGCGGGACCCACAACCAUCACCAUCACAGUACCAACAGCAAGUAGUCUACCCGGAUCUCACACGCCCGCCACCUUUGAUAAAUACAGCAUCACGACGACAAAGCGACAAUGUCAACGUCAAUGGGAAUGUUGUGAGGAAAGUCCCCUUUGUGAAGAAGGUGGAACGAUUGAUCCAGUUGGAGUUGCAGGAGCAGCAGGUUUUGCGAAGGUGUGGGGUUUGUGGGAAGGAGCAUACAGAGUGGUUUGAGGUGGAGGCGAGUCGGGCUGGGGUUAGGGCGGUGGAUGGGUGUGUGAGGCGGUGGGUGGAGUGGGGGGAGAAGGUGGCUGCAGGUGGGUGA